AUGGGGCGGUCCCGAUCCACCCCUCUGUCAUUAACAUUGGCACAUUGGGCAAAAGUAAAAGCACGAGGGCAAAACCUGUCUCUUAUUAUCAAGAAGGGGGAUUGGCAAAAUUAUUGCGAAAGUGAAUGGCCAACCUUUAAAGUAGGAUGGCCGCGGUCAGGUACCUUUGACAUCCAUACCAUACGGGCAGUCCGAAUGACUAUUUUCGCCUCAAUAGGAGGCCAUCCUGACCAAGAACCGUAUAUCACAGUAUGGGAAGACUUGGUGAUAUAUCCGCCGGACUGGGUCCGACCAUUUCUUCCAAAUGAUGAAAUAAGAGUCCUAGCCCCAUCCUACCCAUACUAUAGACGGGGCGUACCUGUGACAACCAGGACUCUGGCUCUCACAGGAGUAGAAGAAGGGGUGACCAAUAAUGGAGGAGAUUAUGAAAAAUUGAAAGAACCAAGCCCUAAGACCAAGGUAUAUCCAGAGGUCGAAGGACCUCCUGAAUGGACUCCACCUGUAUCCACAUCUAUACCCACCGCCCCCCCAACUGGACCCCGGUCCCCAGACGAGGGAAUACCUGUGCCGUAUAACCCGGGGGGUUGGGAAGAAGGACCCUAUACCGGUACCAGGAGUAAACGGGGGAUAACGCCUGAGGGACCAGACUCCACUGUAGCCUUACCACUCCGGGCGGUGGGGCCAGCCCCCACAGAGCCAGAUGAAUUACAACCAUUACAGUACUGGCCCUUUUCGUCCUCCGAUUUGUACAACUGGAAAGCAAAUAACCCUUCUUUUUCUGAGAACUCUGCUGCCCUCAUAGGACUAGUCGAAUCCCUGAUGUACUCCCAUCAGCCCACAUGGGACGACUGCCAGCAGUUACUUCAAACACUUUUCACCACAGAGGAGCGAGAACGAAUCUUCUCGGAGGCACGAAAAACCCUACAGGAAGGCCAACCAGGCCAACCCCCUCGAACAGGAAUGGAAGUGGAAGCGUUGUUCCCAGUAGCGCGACCGCAAUGGGACUAUAAUACAGCAGCAGGUAGGGAACGACUGUCCAUAUACCGCCGGGCUCUGGUAGCAGGACUAAGAGGGGCAGCCAGGAAACCUACCAAUCUGGCAAAGGUGAGAAAAAUUAUGCAGGGGCCUAAUGAACCACCCUCGGUGUUCCUAGAACGUAUCAUGGAGGCCUAUCGUAUUUAUACCCCGUUUGAUCCUGAAUCUAGGGGACAGCGGGCCUCCGUUAUCAUGUCCUUCAUCGGACAAGCUGCACCAGACAUAAAACGAAAACUGCAGCAUAUCGAGGGAUUGCAGGAUUACACCCUGCAAGAUAUUGUUAAAGAGGCUGAGAAAGUGUUCCAUAAAAGGGAAACCGAGGAAGAAAAGUGGGAGAGGGAAAAGAAUGAGAGAGAGAAGGAAGAAAUACGGAGACAAAAGAGACAGGAUAAGAAUUUAACAAGAAUACUUACUACAGUAAUGGCCGAAGGGAAACGCCAAGGGGAAAGACAGGCGAAAGGAGGAAGGGACCUGGGCGACAAUGGCAGGAAUAAGGGACCCAGAAGACUGGGAAAAGAUCAAUGUGCGUUCUGCAAGGAACAUGGGCAUUGGGCCCGUGAAUGCCCCAAGAAAAAGGGAAAGAGAGUGCUAACCCUGGAGGAAGAUGAAGAUUAAUGGGGUCAGGGCCCGGAACCCCUCCCCGAGCCUAGGAUAACGUUAAAUGUGGAGGGGACCCCAGUAAAUUUUUUGAUUGAUACUGGGGCAGAAUAUUCCGUACUGAAAACCUCAUUAGGGACUGUAACUAACAAACAGACCAUGGUAAUUGGAGCAACAGGUCGAAAAGAAUACCGCUGGACCACUAAUCGAACUAUUGACUUGGGAACUAACCAAGUAUCCCAUUCUUUUUUGUUAAUACCCGAGUGCCCUACCCCCCUCCUCGGACGAGACCUGUUAACAAAAAUGAAGGCUCAGAUAAGCUUUACUUCUGCUGGCCCUGAGAUCGCCCUUGCAGGCAGAAAGCCAAAAACAUGCGUAUUGUCUCUGCACUUGGGGGAGGAAUAUAGAUUAUACCAAAACGCCAAGGAGAACCUGGAUAACCUUGAAAAGUGGCUCAAGCAGUAUCCGAAGGCAUGGGCCGAAACUAGGGGCAUGGGGGAAGCGGUGAACAUCCCUCCCAUAGUGAUCGAGCUGCAAUCAAGUGCCACCCCAAUAAGCGUAAAACAAUACCCAUUGUCAAAAGAGGCAGUAGCAGGGAUACGACCUCACAUCGACAAGCUUGUACAACAAGGGAUUCUUGUGCCUUGUAAAUCUCCCUGGAACACACCACUCCUGCCGGUAAAGAAACCUGGGACUGGGGAUUAUCGGCCAGUACAGGACUUGCGGGAAGUCAACAAAAGAGUCCUUACCUUACAUCCUACGGUACCCAACCCAUAUAAUCUCUUAAGCUCUCUUCCCCCAGAUCGUACCUGGUAUACAGUCCUUGACCUAAAGGAUGCAUUUUUCUGCUUGCGACUGCAUCCAGUGAGCCAGUUGAUUUUCGCUUUCGAGUGGAGAGAUCCUGAAAGUGGGAGAGUGGGUCAACUCACGUGGACAAGAUUACCACAAGGAUUUAAGAAUUCUCCUACCUUGUUUGAUGAAGCCCUCCACAGGGACCUGGCAAUUUUCUGGGCACAGAACCCACAGGUAACUUUACUCCAAUAUGUAGAUGACCUCCUACUCGUGGCGUCCACCAAAGAGAGCUGCCUGGUGGGAACUCGCAGACUACUGGUUGAACUUGGAAGGUUGGGGUACCGUGUCUCAGCAAAGAAGGCACAAAUCUGCCGGAAAGAGGUAACCUAUCUGGGAUAUGCUCUAAAGGAUGGAAAAAGGUGGCUGACGGAAGCCCGAAAGAAGGCCAUCUUGCAGAUCCCCACCCCGUCAACCUCUCGACAGGUGCGUGAGUUCCUGGGAACGGCGGGGUUCUGUCGCCUUUGGAUACUUGGGUUUGCUAGCUUGGCUGAACCACUAUAUCCACUCACCAAAAACAAAGGAGAAUUCGUAUGGGGAAAAGAGCAGGAAGAGGCCUUCACCAACAUAAAGAAGGCGCUGUUAAGUUCCCCUGCUCUGGCGUUACCUGACCUCACCAAACCAUUUACUCUGUUCGUGGAUGAGCGAAAGGGAGUGGCCCGGGGUGUAUUAACACAGAGACUCGGACCCUGGAAGCGGCCAGUGGCAUACUUGUCAAAGAAAUUAGACCCCGUGGCCAGUGGAUGGCCUGCCUGCCUUAAAACAGUGGCUGCCACCGCAGUCUUGGUAAAAGACUCUGAUAAACUUACUUUUGGACAACCAAUUACAAUCAUUGCAGCCCACUCCCUGGAAAGCAUUAUUCGGCAACCUCCUGACCGGUGGUUAACAAAUGCCAGGAUGACUUACUAUCAGAGUCUGUUACUAACUGAACGUAUUAAGUUUGCCCCUCCAGCCAUCCUGAACCCAGUCACACUGAUGCCUGAAGCAAGAGAGAGUGACCAGCCUCUCCAUGAAUGCCAAGAGGUUCUAGUCGAAGAAGUGGGUAUUCGCGCAGACCUAACUGACCAGCCUAUGGAAGGAACCCCCUCGUGGUUCACCGAUGGGAGCAGCUACCUGUUGGAAGGAAAGCGAAAGGCUGGCGCAGCCGUAGUGGACGGGAAACGGGUCGUGUGGGCUAGCUCGUUGCCAGAGGGGACCUCUGCCCAAAAAGCCGAACUAGUAGCCCUCAUACAGGCCCUGAGGUUGGCUGAAGGAAAAGUGAUUAACAUAUUUACCGAUAGCAGAUACGCCUUCGCAACUGCUCACGUCCAUGGGGCAAUAUACAGACAGAGGGGGCUCUUGACAUCGGCGGGGAAGGAAAUUAAGAACAAAGAGGAAAUUUUAAAUCUCCUAGAAGCCGUACAUCUCCCCAAAAAGGUGGCCAUCAUACAUUGCCCAGGGCAUCAAAAAGGAGAUGACUGGGUUGCAAGAGGGAAUCGAAUGGCAGACACAACUGCCAAAGAGGCCGCACUAGAGGCCAUGAUACUCCCAGUAAAACUUGACGACAAACAGGCAGGGGAAGAAAAGGAAGAAACAAACCUGUCCGCUGAGGAAGGGAAAGCUUACAUCGAUAAAAUGCACCGACUUACGCAUUUGGGGACUGAAAAACUUAUCACACUAGCAAAAAAAUCACGCUACAAGGUCCCGGACCUACGGAAAACCGUGGAACGCAUCGUACAAAAUUGCGAGGCAUGUGCCUUUACAAAUGCAGGACAUACUAAAGGAACCCAAGGAAAGAGACUGAGAGGAGAUCGACCAGGAGCAUAUUGGGAAGUAGACUUUACGGAAGUAAAGCCUGCCCGGUACGGUAACAAAUAUUUGUUAGUGUUUGUAGAUACCUUCUCUGGAUGGGUCGAAGCAUACCCUACAAGGAACGAAACAGCACUAGUAGUCGCAAAAAAGAUCCUGGAAGAGAUUUUUCCCCGGUUCGGUAUUCCCAAGGUAAUCGGGUCAGACAAUGGACCUGCCUUUGUCGCCCAGGUAAGUCAGGGAGUAGCCAGACAAUUGGGGAUUAACUGGAAGCUCCAUUGUGCAUACCACCCUCAAAGUUCAGGACAGGUAGAAAGGAUGAAUAGGACCUUGAAAGAAACUUUAACUAAAUUAGUAGCGGAGACCGGCGGGAGGGAUUGGACAGUCUUUCUCUCCCUCGCUCUGUUUAGGGUUCGAAACACCCCAGGACCCACGGGGCUCACCCCUUAUGAAAUCUUGUAUGGGAGUCCCCCUCCUCUGACAGAAAUAGUGGGGACUGAUGAACCUGUUGUGCCCUCUCUUACUCUUGCAGCACGCCUAAAAGCAUUGGAAGUAGUUAGAAAAGAAGUUUGGGAACAGUUGAAGAACCUCUACGACCCGGGCGAGGUGUCGAUGCCCCAUUCGUUCCAGGUCGGAGACAAAGUUCUGAUUAGACGACACCGAUCAGAGACGCUCGAACCUCGGUGGAAGGGACCGUAUGUGGUAUUGUUAACAACUCCCACCGCUGUAAAAGUCGAUGGGAUUACUGCGUGGGUACAUUCAGCGCAUGUAAAAAGGGCACCUGGAGAUAUACAAAAGGAUGAUUGGGUGGUGGAAAAGACUGAUAAUCCUCUUAAGCUUCGUGUGUUUCGGAAACCAAACCGAAACACCUAGGGAAAAUCUGUUGGUGGGACUAAUCCGAGAUUUCGGGAAGGCCCAAAAUGCGACCAGUAUCACUGCUUGUUUACCAUUACCACAAGCAGCUGGGGAGCCUAUUCCGUGGGGUAUAAUCCCGGCGGGACCA